AUGGAUUUCCUAGAAUGGAUUGUCACCAUCAUAAUUUUGACAGAAUUUCUCUUAGGAAACUGUGCCAAUGUCUUCAUACUUCUUGUGAACUCCAUCAACUCUAUCAAGAGAAGAAAGAUCUCCUCCGCUGAUAGAAUUAUAACUGCUCUUGCCAUCUUCAGAAUUGGUUUGUUGUGGGCAACAGUAAUGAACUGGUAUUCAACUGUGUUUAUUGCACAUACCUACAGUGCACAGAUAGGAGUUUUGGGUAGAAUUACCUGGGUUUUAAGCAACCAUUUUAACAAUUGGCUUGGGACCAUUCUCAGCAUUUUUUAUUUGUUUAAGAUAGCCAACUUUUCCAACCUUCUAUUUCUUCACUUAAAAAGAAAAAUCGAGAAUGUUCUUCUUGUGAUAUUUUGGGGGAGUUUUCUGUUCCUGAUUGCAUAUCUUGGAGUGGUGGACAUCAACAAGACUACUUGGAUGAGUGUUCAUGAAGGAAAUAUGACUUUGAAGAGCAAACCAAAGAAUAUCUCAAGCUUUGCAAGUAUACCUCUCUUCAGCCUGAUAAACAUAACUCCAUUUUCUAUAUCGCUGACUUGUGUUUUGCUCUUAAUCUACUCCCUAGGCAAACAUGUCAGGAAUAUGAAAUUCCAUGGAAAAGGGUGUCAAGAUCCCAGCGCCAUGGCCCACAUAAAGGCCGUGCAAACCAUGGUCUCCUUUCUCUUGCUAUUUGCCACAUACUCUGUCUGUGUAAUUGUAUCAGGUUGGAGUUUGCUUAAUGAACAAAUCUUCUUACUUUGCAUUGUAAUUGGUACCUUUUACCCAGCAGGUCAUUCUUGUAUCCUGAUUUGGGGGAACCGGAAGUUGAAACAGGCCCUUCAGUUGUUUCUGAGGCAGAUGAGAUGCUGA